AUGUUUCAGAACAGGAAUCUCAAUCUAUCUUCGCCUAAGUUUGGCUCUGUGAGUGGUUCAUCGUUUGAGCAUUCGGUGGCAAGAGGGUGGGGGCGUGGAAGAGUGAACCAUAGAUGUAGUAGGGGUUUGUUGUGUUUGGUGGAGAAUAAUAAGCGUAUAAGAGCUUUGGGGAAGGGUUCUGGGACGAGUGACGAUAAGGAUGAAGUGCUUCAGGCCACAAUUGCGAAGAGUAAGAGGGUUCUUGCUUUGCAAAGGGAGUUGCUUGAACAGAUUACUGAAAGAAAGAAACUGAUUUAUUCAAUAAAUAGUGAAAGCACCCCUGAAACAGAAGGAAACAGUAUUUCAGACAAGAACAGCUACGAAUCCCUGUUAAAUACUGUUGAGAACCAAAAUGGUGGCACUGUUUCAAGCAAUUACGUCCAAUCUAAUGAGAAGAAAAUACCAGAUGUCUCGUUUUUAGGCAUUGAUCAUGGUUUUGACAAGGCUGAAGAGGAAGAUGAUAAAUUGUCUCUUGCUGAAAAGGCUUCACCACCUACACAGUAUUUCGAUGGUCAGUUGAAUAGCAAUGGAUAUGAGACAAUUGUGCCUGAUACCCUACCAAUCGAAAUCCCAAGUGGCACCAAAACCUCCAGUCUAAUGAUUGAAAUACUGGAAGGUAUGGGUGAAUCAAGUUUAGUGGAGGUUUCCAAUGAAGCUGACAAUGUUGACAGUGAAGGUGAAAAACCCCCACCGUUGGCUGGGGAGAAUGUGAUGAAUGUUAUAUUGGCUGCAGUAGAAUGUGCUCCCUGGUCAAAAGCAGGUGGGCUUGGAGAUGUCGCCGGAUCAUUACCUAAGGCUUUAGCUAGGCGUGGACACAGGGUUAUGGGAUGUGGCCAAGAAACAAAAUGGAGUGUUGUAAGUCCUUAUAUUGGUGGUGCUAUAAUGCUGAAAGUUGAGCAAGUUGUAGCACCUCGAUAUAGUAAUUAUCCUGAAGCACAAGAGAUUGGAGUACGCAAGCAAUACAAAGUGGACGGUCAGGACAUGGAAGUAACAUAUUUCCAUGCUUUUAUUGAUGGUGUUGACUUUGUUUUUCUUGACAGUCCAAACUUUCGCCAUUUACAGGAUAACAUAUAUGGUGGAAACCGAAUGACUGCCCAGUUACCUGAUAUUCUGAAACGCAUGGUGUUGUUUUGCAAGGCAGCUGCUGAGGUUCCAUGGCAUGUUCCAUGUGGUGGUGUUUGCUAUGGAGAUGGAAAUUUGGCCUUCAUAGCAAAUGAUUGGCAUACUGCAUUGCUGCCUGUGUAUCUGAAAGCAUAUUAUCGUGACAAUGGUUUAAUGAUAUACACAAGAUCUGUUCUUGUGAUUCAUAACAUAGCACACCAGGGUCGGGGUCCACUUGAUGAAUUCCGCUACACAGAUUUACCUGAACACUACAUAGACCUUUUCAAAUUAUAUGACCCUGUUGGAGGUGAGCACUUAAAUAUCUUUGCAGCUGGUUUAAAGGCAGCAGACCGGAUAGUCACCGUCAGUCAUGGAUAUGCAUGGGAGAUCAAAACUUCUGAAGGUGGCUGGGGUUUGCAUGGGAUCAUAAAUGAGAAUGACUGGAAACUGAGGGGAAUUGUCAAUGGAAUUGACACCAAAGAUUGGAAUCCCAAGUUUGAUGUUCACUUGACAUCAGAUGGAUACACUAACUACACCAUUGAGACCCUGCAAAGUGGGAAGCGUCAGUGCAAAGCCGCCUUGCAGAAGGAGCUCGGUUUGCCUGUUCGUGAGGAUGUUCCAUUAAUCGGAUUCAUUGGAAGGUUGGAUCAUCAGAAAGGCAUUGAUCUCAUAGCUGAAGCAAUUCCAUGGAUGAUGGGCCAGGAUGUGCAACUUGUCAUGCUGGGAACCGGAAGGCCUGAUUUAGAAGAGAUGCUUAAGCAAAUUAUGUCCCAAUACUCUGACAAAAUCAAAGGAUGGGUUGGCUUUUCUGUAAAGAUGGCUCACCGGAUAACAGCAGGUGCAGACAUAUUGCUGAUGCCAUCAAGAUUUGAGCCAUGUGGAUUGAAUCAACUCUAUGCCAUGAAUUAUGGAACAGUUCCGGUUGUACAUGCUGUCGGUGGACUGAGGGAUACCGUGCCACCUUUUAAUCCGUUUGAAGAGUCUGGCCUUGGAUGGACAUUUGACAGUGCAGAAACUAAUAAGCUAAUAAACUCAUUAGCGAACUGCUUGUUGACCUAUAGGCAGUUUAAGCAGAGCUGGGAAGGGCUUCAAAGGCGCGGGAUGACACAGGAUCUCAGUUGGGACAAUGCUGCUCAGCAGUAUGAGGAGGUCCUUGUUGCUGCCAAGUUCCAAUGGUACAUGCAUUUGAUAGGUGUCAAUGAAAGAGACUAA